GAACAUCCCGCGGCUGCUGCACGCGUCGCCGACGACGAGCGGCCGAGUUGGAUGCGAGCGUGCCACCUCUUCCCCGCCGCCGCUUCUGACACAUGGCCGCCGCCGACCCCGGCACGGCGUACAAGCUCCUCCUCUCCUGCCCCGCCGGCCUCCCCCGAUCCCGAGUUUCGGUUAAAUUCGACCAGUCAUUCGAUAGGAUUCCCCAUCCAGAUGCAGCUUUGGAAGAAUCUAUAAGUGAGAUAUGGAACCAGAGGCUUCAAAAGAACCCAUCGUUGUACAACGGCACCAAAUUUCGGUAUGGAGGACACGCCAUCCACUACAAAGAUGAACUAAACAAGGAGUAUUAUGUUUCACUUCAUUUGGGCCUAACAGAUUACAGGACAUUUGUGGGAACAAAUCUUAAUCCAUUGUGGGAGAAGUUUUUAGUCCCCUCGGAAGAUGAUUCUGUGUGUUGCCAACACACAUCAAAUCCAUUGGGAAAUGGCGCAAUUGUUGAAACAUCUGAUGACAAGGUUAUCAUAUUGCAAAGAAGUUACAAUGUGGGGGAGUUUCCAGGUUACUAUGUUUUUCCUGGAGGACAUUCAGAGCCACAAGAAAUUGGAAUAUUGGGUCAUCAAGCUGAUGAAAAGGACAUUUCUCUUCUCAAUGAAAGAGUCUCCCAGGAGAUGUUUGAUGGAAUUAUCCGUGAGGUAGUUGAGGAAACUGGAGUGCCUGCUAAUUCACUGACAGAGCCUGUCUUCAUUGGAAUUUCUCGCCGGGAGAUGAAUGUCAGGCCAACUGCAUUCUUUUUUACCAAAUGCAGCAUUGAUUCAAGUGGAGUUUAUGAACUAUAUUCUAAAGCGCAAGAUGGCUAUGAAUCUACUAAGAUGUAUGCAGUCUCAGAGGAAGAAUUACGAGGGAUGACCGAGCGAAUGCCUGGCUGCCACCAUGGUGGCUUUGCUCUCUAUGAAAUGAUGAGGAAUGCUGCCAAACAAUCAUGAACAAGAACAAAAGUGAUGCAAGUCUACAUUCAGAUCCCCUUAUUCAAAACACAAACAUGGUUGACAAUCAUUAUUUAUCACUGCUUAAUUGAGAUUAUCGGUGCGAUUCCUUAAUGCUCCUAUUUGAUAUUCCUCAGCAGAUUGCCUUCUUAUCUAACAUGAUAAAAAAAAACACAGAGAGAUGCGGCGUCACAAGAAAACAAUAGUUACUACUCUUCUCUGUAGCAAAUUCAUUCUGUUUCUCUCUGCGUUGUUGCACAGAUGGUUCUUCAGUAAAGAACGGGAAGAAAUAAGAGCACGGAGCUUAUUUAACAUUCUCACUUUGUGACAUGGAAUUGAUGUUGUAAUUGAGAUCAUCGUAGACGUGGCAUGAUCUGUAAUCAAAAUCUUUCCGUUUCAGAUUUUCUUUACAUGGAUCAAUUUUAAUCUUUCAGU